ACACCCACACACGCCACACACACCCACACACGCCACACACACGCCACACACGCCACACACACCACACACACCACACACACCCACACCACACACACGCCACACACACCCACACACCCACACACACCCACACACACACACCACACACACCACACACACGCCACACACACGCCACACACACCCACACACGCCACACACACCACACACACCCAC